UAACAAAGAGGUGCUUAGACUAGUCAAUAACAAAGAAGUCUUAACAAUCAUCACGAAACGGAAACUCCAGCACAUAAUUAUGUCAUGAAAUGAGGAGUGAUCGCUGAGAUUCUCCGUCCUAUCAUGCUAAGAGACCAGUGGAAGACGCAAAAACUCAUGGACGAAAGACCUGAGACGUUAGUACGGUGGAACGUCUGUCGAAAUGUUUCGAGUGACAGCUUCUUGGGUAGUUGUCUCAAGUUGGAUCGCCAACAUUCGAUGGGAAAAUAGCGUCGUCGCGGCGUGUGGUAAAACAUUUCACAUAAAUGUUAUUAUAUGAAUGGGCCUGUGCACCAUGAAGCUCGUUCCGGGUCACCUACCGCCUAUACCAACCUCUUCUUCCAACACUUCUGGUGACCGCCUGUCACUUCCUCUCCCCUUCAACGCUGAUCUCUUGUGGAGGUACCCUCUGGGAUUUCCACCCCUAGGCCAGUACAAUCCUCCCUCUUCACCACUUUUAGACUACAAAUCUCAACUGCCCGCUUCUCUGCCUACCGACCCGCGAGUGUGGAGCAGGGAAGAUGUCGCCACCUUCCUCCGAUGGGCGGAGCAAGAGUUUGAUAUCCAGCCAAUUGACCAUGAUAUGUUCCAGAUGAAUGGUAAGGCGAUGUGCCUGCUAACCCGCACAGACCUAGCUGAGCGAGCCCCAGGAUCCGGUGACGUGCUGCACAACGUCCUGCAGAUCCUCGUCCGCGAAGCGAACCUCCUGCACCGGAUCCUACCCAGCAGUCCAGUCACGCCCACCUCCCGCCACCCUUAUCCCCUCUCUCCACACGCGCCGCCUACCACCCCUACCACAUGGGCGGGCCUAGGGGAGCAGCUGCACCAAUCGCAUGCAGCGCUCGCGGCGCACCUCAUGGCGCAGAGCAACUCGACGACUUUAAGCCCCGCCCCUUCGGUCGACAGCCAAGCGGGAGGCAGUCCGCAGCAUGGUGAAGGCGGUACCUUUCAGAAUGGCAACAGCGCAUCAGCAUUCGGAGGUGGGAUUAACGCCAGUGGCAGCGGGAGUGGAAGCGGCAGCAAUCAUUCGGAUUCAGAUGAAGAUGGUAUGGAUAAGAAAGGUUAUAGUGGUAGUCCUCCAAAUACCCCUUCUGCUUACUCGUUUAUGCCCCAAAUGCCAUAUAUGCCACCAAGGAGUCCAAAGGACUACAAGGAAUCAGUCUCUAGUCCCAGUUUCAAAACCGGGGCACGUGAAUUCUUUCCUGAUUCUCCUGAGCCCAACACAAAUGGUAGACUCCUAUGGGACUUCUUGCAACAGCUGCUGAACGAUCCCGCACAGCGAUAUACCAGCUACAUCGCGUGGAAGAACCGCGAAACGGGUGUGUUCAAAAUCGUGGACCCGUCGGGUCUUGCAAAGCUGUGGGGCAUCCAGAAGAACCACUUAUCAAUGAACUAUGACAAAAUGUCUAGAGCGCUCAGAUACUACUACAGGGUCAACAUUCUGAGGAAGGUGCAGGGCGAGAGGCAUUGUUACCAGUUCCUGAGGAACCCAACGGAACUCAAGAACAUCAAAAACAUCUCGCUCCUCCGCCAGCAGAUGUCACCAACGAAUACCAAACCACCUCAGAAUGUUCUGAAACCCGAAGCGUACCCCAUUAAAUCUGAGCCUGGAGAAAACCCCGAAGGGAGCAUUCACGAUCAUCACUUGGACUACGAAGACAAACCAACUGACCUCAGCAUGGAAGGACCUACGGAUCUCAGCAGUACCUCCAGACAUGUCAACAUUGUGUGUUCACCAGACCCUCCAAUACCUCAGAAUCAUCACUAGCAAUGAAGAUGCUAAAAUGCUUUCAGGGUUAUACAAUUUAAUGAAAGGAUCUAGAAUGUCCUGAAAGCUGUGGUUCAACAGACAUUACGUGAUGCGUCCGGAAUCCCAAGAUGCAGAAUAUCGAUGAGCUCAGAAUGUCAGGUUUUGAUAGUUCUGCCAAGAAUAAGCCCGAUUUUAUGAUAGAUGGCUCAUAAUUUACGAGAACGAGUUCUUCAAGAACUUUUCUAUUAGCCCAGAUCCCAUAUUUUUGAUGCCCCUAUAAACUCUUGGUUCAGAUGCAGUUUAUAUCUAGUCCGCUAACAGAGGCACUAAACUAGGGCUGCCUACCCCAAGCCUAUUUUAUUUUGAAGGUUCAUUGUACCAAUCAUUAAGCUGUAAAAAUCGCCUCGUUAUCAUGCAACUGUUCAUUAUAGAAGUAGAUAUUCCUAUGAAAUAUGCUGUAUCCUGUAAGCACGUUUCAGUUGUAAGACGCCUAUCACACAUACAGAUGCGAUUAACGAAUAGAUUAGAAGGAUAGCCUAUUUGCUCAAAUUGCAUUGUUUGGCGCCAAAACUAUGUGGUUUUUGUGCAUUCUUUUGGCUAAUUUGCUUCUCAUUACCAAACUAAAGUGACAAACCAAAACAUCGCCGCACAUUUUUUUCUCUGGAAAGGUAUUCAAGUAGCCAAUCGUAGCAAGGCAGAAAUACUAUUUGUGUUGCGAUGUGAAUAGAUAUUGCUAAUAAACUGGGAUACAUUAACCCUUUAACGCGCAGUAAACCGCAGUAAACGUAAAACCUAAUGGACCCUUUCACACAGAAAAAUCACAAAAAAAUAACUAGCGGAAAAGUUCUGUUUUAGGGACGGGAAAAUAGUAUGCCACUGCCUAUGUAGGGAAACGAACAUCUGACUUCGGGCAGUGGGUGAUUAUUUUCCCUCCCCCUAAUUUGUCGCUGUACACAUGUAGAAUUAAAAACACAUAAGUAAAAAAUACUUUAUUUCACGAGCAAGCAGUACAAAUCAUGUUGCUUCUCUUUUCUUUCGCCUUCGUACUGCAGUGCGCGCAUCUACGCUAUUUCUCUUGCUGCUUGGGCAUAUGGUCUCCGACAUUUGACAAACGAAUUGCGUUUUGGACGGUAGGGUAACCACCUGGUUGAUGUUUUUUUCUGCCUACUCCCGCUCCGGGACUAUAGCACUUGCGUUUUCUACUGCAGAAAUUACCGAUCAUUUCGUUGGCCAAUUGAGAGCGAAACUCGAGGUGACGCUCUUUUUUGGCCGAGUCCUUGUACAUGACGUAACUAUUUACUAUCGCAAUAUCGAUGAAAUAAUAAAAUAGUUUCAACCGACGAGAUUUCUGGGCAAUCGACUAAGUCGACAUAAGCUGAUCGAAUUUGUCAACUCCACCCAUGAAGAUGUUGUAGUCAGCGAUAGACUCUGGACAAUUCACUGAUUCCCUCUCACCGCGCUUGUUUGUUCUGCUUACUAGGGUUGUGCAUAGAGCUGACAACGACAACCGACUUUUUGCCGCGAUCUCGCCACUUGCAAUGCUUAUGUCCCCCGAUUGAACAAAAUCGCUAUCCCCAGUCGUCAUCUGCCUUUCGGGAUUUCAGUUCAUUCAUUGGGUAGAAUUUUCGGUUUAUCCUGAAGGUACCGCACGCAAAGAGACGCUCGUUUAGUAGAAGCUUCAACAGUGGUAAGCUCGGAAAAAAAUUGUCAAAAACUAGACAGUAGCCUAAUCCACGCAGCAUCGUGGAUAAUUCGAGAACAAUCCUCUCUCCGAGCCCAAGAUCGGUUGUUUCCGUAGAGCGGCCUGUAUAUACCUGGAAGUACAUUACGAAACCAGUAACUGAACACGCCAAAACCCAGACUUUGAACCCUCGUUUUAUGGGUUUCAUGAGCAUGUAUUGUUUGAGACUGCUACGCCCUUUGAAACCAAUCAUACUUUCGUCUAUUGAAAGAAAUCGCGAAGGGUGGAAUGCGUUCCGAAAGGCGUUCUGAAAAUGCGUGAUUAUUUUGAACAGGCGGUCGUACUUAGGGUCCGUUCUCGGUAACAUCUCGAGGUUGUCAUUUAGAUGUAGUUAACGGAGUAAUUUCAAAAAUCGUUUUUGACUCAUUACUCUAGCUCUCCUCUCCACCUGAAAGUUAUUGUCUUUACUCCAAUAAGAUCGGAAGGUCGGUAGAACAUGGAAUCCCAUAAAUAUGAGCAUGCCAAGCAUAGCCCGCAAUUCAUCAACAGUCAUGCUGAGAUCUACACCUUUUUGAGAAGCAUACAGGUUCGACUGGGUCACAAUAAAAGUCAAAAUGUCAAGGGUUAAGAAAGUUUUAAAGGAGAGCUCAUAUCUACGUCAUGUUUAGCCCCGGCACCAGGUUCUGAAAAGUGGAAGGUGCUGUAUAACUUAGAAUCCGUGCCAGAUUUUGUCAAAUUAAAGGAGAUUGGCUCGUAGCCGUGCGAUUAUCGUCACCUCCACCAUCAGUGUCACCUCCAGCUCUACCAUUACCGUCACCACCAUCUUCAGAGUUCCCGUCACCCCCAGGAUCCCCGCCACCACCAGAAUCUUCCUCAGACGAAGUAUUGUGGAUUUUUCGGCUAGGCUUAGGAGGGUUUGAAUAAUCGGGAUCCUCAGUAUUUUCUUCAAAAUCGUCAUCGGAAUACUCCGCCAAAUUUUGUAGAGCUGCGUUACGCGAUCGCGUAGACCGCUGAUACGUAAUGAACCUCGCAAGCCAGGUUUACUGCUAUCAUUCAGUGGUUGUCUAGGAAUAAAAUCUGCGUCAGAAUCACCAUCCAGCUCCGAAUCCUCAGCUUGAUCAUCUGUAAUUUCACCUAUAAAUCUGGCUAUUUCAGUAUCGCUUAGACGUCUUCUUGACAUAAUUAGGGUCCUGAAAACCGAAAAUAAAUGAGUAAUAGUGAAAAUAAAAUUAUAAAUAACGUUAACAAGCUAAAUUUGAAGGUAGAAGUCGCAUUUCUGAAAAUGUAAACAAAGCCAUGACUUGUUAGGUUAUAAUGCCACAUUUCACAGAGUAUAACAUCUGUGUGCAUACACAUCAUUCGAUUACAAUGGCAAAUUAUCAUAAGUUAGACCCGUUAGACAAUAUGUAGCUAUAUGCGAUUAGAAUAAGCACCUUGUGUAAGCUAAGAAAUAAUUUGCCAUUUUCGCAGAAGGUUAGCCGAAUGGCAAUGACGCAAUCAGCAAAAGCUUAUAUAAGCUAUCUUUUCCAAAAAUCAUCACAAAAUAAAACGCUAACAGACGCAGCAAUACUACUACUAUAUUUAGAUACAUGCCUUUAUUCCAGCUUAGAAGCACUUCAAUCUAACUUCAAACGCAAACAACAGCCUGAUAGGUGUUCACUGCUUUGUAUGAUGUUUCCUACGCACACUGGGAUAUUAUCGUCCCACUUUAGCACCACUCUGUAGACAGCACCUUGUAGGAACUACCAAGGGGGACGCCAGAUUGCAAGCAACAAGUGGGGGCGCGCGCAAUUCAAAUCAUAUAAUAAGUGGGAAGAUACUGUCCCACCCUGAUUUAAAAGAAGCGGUUGGAAAAUAGUACCCCAAAUGGCGUUAAAGGGUUAAAUAAGGCAAAAGAACAAAAUAUUUGUAUACCGCAUCAACAGUUAUACUUAAUUUGUGAUUUUAGUAGGUAAAAAGUAAGAAAAAUGUCAUCAAACACAUCAGCAAUGGCAGAAUACCUAAUAUUGGCAAAUAGUGGGACACAUUGUAUACAAUCUACACUGUUUUUUUAAAUAGCUGACGUAGUUGAACAUAAUAAGUAAAUUAAUAGUGAUUUUCACUAUUUUGAUCCCAUAAACAGAUUUGGAAGUAAUUUAAUUAAUUUGAUAUUCCUAGUUUUUGACAAUAAAAUGAAAACGUAAUAUUACUAAGAAUACAUUGUCUGGCCGAAUCAAACCCUCAUAUUAUGUAUUUAAACUUAUUUUUAUUGUAUAUUAUAUUGACCAUCUCUGUGGUCCUUUUCAAGUACAAUUGACAAUUCUCAGACAAUGAUAGUCGACAAGUCAUAUUACAAAUAGAAUUACAAAUAUAUGUGUGGUUUUAAUUCGGUCAGACAAUGGAGCUAUGAACGUCAAAACCAUAGUAUACGUUUCAGGAGUUAUGUAAAGUUACUAUUUAUAACGUGGAAGUAAAGACCUUUCCUCCGAACUUUUAGAUUAGAAAUUAAAUUAGAUAAGACACAAAAUUAAAGUAUUAGUUGGAUCUUUUAGGUUUCCAUAAAAAAUUGGUAUGUUUAUGUUCCAUUUUUCACUGUUGUGGGAGUAUGAACUUUCAACCUGACUACAGACUAUGAAACUUUGGUGAUAAACAAUCUGAAUUCGUUUGAUGCAACGAAUUCAGAGUAUGUAGAAGAAACCAGUCAAGGAUUUGUGUGGCUCCUAUUCUCUGAUUCUGUAGUGAGUGUCAAAGUUUUGGAUUGGUUUCAUACAAAUACGUGUUUCCCUUACACAUUUUGACCUACUAUCUUUAGUCUUCAUGAACCAAAUUAAUGCAGGCAAUAAGGUAACAGGCCGGUAACAAUGUAUUUACCGGCCCUCAGAAGGACGGCAACGCUUUUCGUGCUGUAGUACAUACUCACCAUACGUAUCCAAAAAAUUCUCAUCCACGGGCUACAGAUCAAACGUCUUGAUGUAUUUUAUAUCUAGAUUUGUCUUGACAGCCCGACUGACACUGGGCAUACCAAAAUUUCGUAAAAUCAAAAUGGCGGAUAUUAAACUACUAAGCACAAUUAGAAAUUAAUUCUUUUCAGUUACUGCAGUCGGGAUUGUAUUUUUUAAGAAUGUAUUUGUUUACUAUGGUUAACAUAUAUUUUUUGGUUAAAUUGUCGAUCAAAAUUAUCUCAUCAUGCAAUAAAUCCUUUUUUGGAUUGAAAUCAAUCGUAAUUGCGGCGGGCUGCGGGAGGCAACCCUAGUUUAACAGCUUUCUCUGUUAGCAAACUUUGAUAUGAGCUGCAUUUAUACAUAGGUUUAUCGGUGAAUAAAAACUAUUAUUUAUGGUUUCUGAGCCUGCUAGGACUAGGUGCAAAUUUUGUAGAAACAAAUUUAGUCGAUAGUAGCACAAUGAGUAUAUCAUUUCAAAUAAAUCAUAAAAAGCAAAGAAUAAGGGGUCCAAGUGUAACUAAUAUUAACACACAAUACAUACAGAAUAUUUAGGGAACGUUUGCACUGUCAUACUUAAUGUCAAUGUGAACUUGAUUCAAAUGGACGUUGACAUGAAGUGUUGAACAGCUAUAGUUCCCUGAAUAUGCUGAACGUUCAGAGGGGCAAUUUCUGAACUCACGGGAGUAGAAUAAUCAAUAGAAUGUGUUGCCUUUCUGACAGCUUUUGAUGUCUGUUUUGAAGCUUAUCAAUCAAUUUUGCGGAAAUGUUUAUAGGUUCUUCAUUUCAUUAAAUCUUUCAUCCAAAAGUCAACUUCCCUGAGAGUGACCUAAGAAGUUUCUGUAGACGUUAAAGGAUAUAGUUCCCCGUAAGGUAAUAGAGCCACUCCCACUUUAUAGCAGUAAGAAUUCUCCAUCGUUUUCAAGAAUUGACCCCAUAUCAUAAUUUGGAUAAAACUGUUCAAGUUGAAUGAAUGUAUCAUAGACUUUAUAAUACUUUUUGACUUGUAAAAGUGCCUAUCAGUUUGUUAGAAUUUAAAGAGUAAUGUGAUAGCUGAGGUUCUUAACUUCAAACAACGACCAUUUACAUGACUGUUUCCAGGUUUCUGGAUGCUAAAUAAUAUGGUGAACCGAACUGCAAUAUAGGUGCCAAUAUUUUCAAGAAAAUGUGCAAAUAGUGUUUUUGAUAAGUUUAUUGAUUUGUGAUUCCGAUUUAAUUUUGGUUCUUUGGUUGCUACAAAACUCACAUAACACCAUGAUACUAAAGUUUCGUAAUGUUAUAAUCUGAAUGGCAUAACUAGCUCGAAACAGGUAAUAAUCUAAAAUAAUAACCUUGCAAGGUGAUGGAUGUUAGUGGUAAAGCAAAGAGCCAAAAAAAAUGACAGUGCAAUUUGUAUUGUUUCAGUUCCGACUUGGAUGUGCCAAACGAGAUUUAUUUGUAUCCUUGGACACUCAAGGUUAUGUUAUCAUCGAAAGUUUUUGAUUUAUAAUUUUAUAAUGCUAGCAAUAUAGUAAAUAUAAAAAUCGGAUGAACUAGAUAUUUUUUGAGAAUUUCUAUUGUACAUUUUACAUAUCCAGAAGAAUUUUGAAUGUCCGACUUUUAUAUAUUUAAAAAAGGCAGCUUUAAAGUUUCCAUACUUUGGAAAAACGAAGUGAUAAUCAGACGACAAUAUAUUGAAAUAUUCUAAACAUAGGAUUCGGAUAUAUGUAUAUUUUACUGAAGGUCAGCAGAGUUGUAUUAAAUUUUGGAUGUAUGAACAGUGUGUCAAGCAUAAUCAAGUUUGGUGAAAGCAGUACCUAGCUGCUUUCAAGGGCGGAUUUAGGCACUUCCUCCCCCUAGACGCCCAAAUCUGUAAUUUUUUUCAAAAUGAUAUAUAUUGCUGUAUCUUGUGUGGAAUUAAUUAUAAUUGCUUGACCUGGAUCGUUAGACGUACCUGAAUGCUGCUCAAAUAUCUAAAAUUGACGUUGCUUAUGCUGAAUCAAUAAAAUGUGCUCGAUUUGGUCUUAGAAUGUGUCCACAAGAAAACCACAUUCCAAUUUUGUGGCUAUGGCCUUAGAAUAACUUUCUAAUAAAAAAAUUCACUAGCUGGCUUCAGCUCCAUUCUGUGAUCUCUAAUGAAAGAAAAUUUUACUCAAUUUGUGUGAUUUCUAAUAGGUAUAUAUAUUUAUAUACGGGCAGAUUAUAUAUACAUAUUUUGGAGGAUUUAAAUACAGGGUAAGCUCAAAGUGAGUUAAUAAUUUGUUUAAUUUCCUUUUUAUCGAAGAACAUUUGUGGAUUUUCGGACUAUUAACGAAUUUACAGUACAAAAUUGUUCAAAUGAAAAAGAGAAAUUUGUUUACCUUGUAUAAUUUGUACAUAGAUAAUAUCUAGGUGUAUUAAAUGUAUAGCUUUACAAUAUUAUCAUAAGUCAGUGUAAAAUCAACGAAAUAAUGAGAGUUUUAAGUUAGAUUAUGUUUUUCUUUGGAAUAAACUAGUUAUUUGAAUUUGUGAAUUUGGUAUUUUCUUCUAAAGGUCCUCCUUAUUUCUUCUUCUUACCAGCGGGCGUUAAAAUCUGGAAAAAUGAUACUCUAAUUAACGAUCAGCAGCUUACGUUAGCAUCCGCUUAUAGAUAAUUUCAUAACGUCCAUCAAUACAAUAUAAUUGCUGAAACGAUAGAUUAACG